AUGGCCUCGGUCUGCAUCAAUUACAGGUCUACGAUUGCCACUUCAACAAGGAAGGACUUUGAGCUCCAGACGCUAUUCCCCUCGACUGAUCCAUCGAUCGAUCGAUCGAUCUUCAGCAUCCUUUUGCUGCUUGUACUAGUGCGAGCUGCACAGUUUGGAGUGUGA